CGCGAGAGAGAGAGAGAGAGAGAGAGGGACGCACAGCACAGACUGGAGAGAGAAGAGAGAGGAGCUGCAGCUCGGCUGAUGGACUAGACCUCACUUCAUUUAACAGUUGUUUUCGUCUAAAACUGCACGCGCAGCCCGAGGGUGGGCGAGUGGGAGACUGUCUCGCGCUCCCUAAACGUUUUUUUUUUUUAAUUUGAUCUACCGGCUGGUGUUGGGAGUUUUAUAUCUGCAGGAAGAAACGGCGACGAGGACAGAGGAGUGCGAGAAGACGGAGAGAGAGAGAGAGAGAGAGAGAGAGAGAGAGAGAGAGAAGGAACAGAGCGUGUGACAGCUGCUUGAGGAAAUUCCUGACCGGUUUCACUCUGGCAUGACGGGAAUUUUUGCUAUAAGUCACUCUCGGAACUGAUGGAGAAGGACCACUAAUCACAUUGCCGUGUUGCUACGCGGCUUGAUUUCCGUUAGAAAGUGACCACCGCUGUCCUUGAUCUGCGUCACCUUGUGCCAUCUUGCUUGUCCCUGGCCUCCUAGCUAAGUGGCCGCGCAUGAUCUCCAGAGAUUCUGAACAUUCCUCAAACAUGGUCCAGUGCUGAACUCUGUCUCUUGACUUCGCCAUGACCAGCCUGAAGCGUUCGCAGACCGAGCGCUCUGUGGGGGGCUCUGUGCCCGCCACAGAUGAGUUUUACACCCGCCGCCUGCGCUUGCCCAAUGGAGGGGCACCUCCUCCACGCAGCGAGAGCACCCACCUGUCCGGAGGCACGCCUGGAGUGCCCAAGAUGGGAGUUCGGGCACGGGUCGCUGACUGGCCUCCAAGGAAAGAUGGUGGUGGUGGUGGAGGUGGUGGUGGUGGCGGUGGCAGCAGUAGUGGAAGUGCUGGAAGUGGCAGUAGUGGUAGCAGUGGGAGUGGCAGUGGAGGAGGUGGAGGGGGAAGCGGUGGAGGAGGAAGCGGUGGUGUAUGGCACAUUACAGUGGAGACUGACUCGCCAUCGACUACUUCCGGAAGCACUCAGAGCAACCUUUCCGCAAAGCUUGGUCACUUGAUCAGUCCACAGGAUUCGUCUAUGUUGCGCAAUAUACAGAAUACACUAAAGAAUAAGAUCCAGAGCAAAGGAAAAGACAACCGCUUCUUAUCUCCAGAUGGUUACUUGGGCUCACCUCGCAAGGGAAUGCGUCGUAUUCGCCAGCGCAGCAACAGUGAUAUUACCAUUAGUGAGUUAGAUGGAGAUGGCAAUGAGGGUUGGUCAUUUUCUGGCUGGACACCAAUGCACCGCGAGUAUGGCAGUACAUCCUCUAUAGACAAGCAUGGCGUCUCUGGAGAGAGCUUCUUUGACAUGCUUAAAGCCUACCAGACUGAUGACCCUGAUCAGCGUAGCCCUGCUCCCGAGAAAUUAAGCGAGCUGCUAACUGUGGCUCACAAACAGACCGCCCUCGACCUUCCAGAUGGGCCCUUGGGACCCCCACGAGGUAGUCCUGCAAGCCGUCUCAAGGAAAGAGAAAAGCACCUGAAGCGGCGAUCCAAGUCUGAAACAGGAGGCGAGUCCAUAUUUCGCAAGUUACGAAGCGUGAAGGCAGAAGGUGACUCCUCUCGUGCAGGUUCGGACGCAGAAGAUGGGAAGUCUGAGGAUGCAGGUCCUCCUCCGAAGCCCUGGGUUUGUCAGAAAGGUUUUGCACAUUAUGAUGUCCAGAGCAUUCUAUUCGACCUGAAUGAAGCAGUGCAAAAUCGACAGAGUGCCUCCAAAAGGAAGAACACCACUACAGGAGCCUCUGCUGCUGCCGCCGCUUCGGCCUCCACCUCCUCCUCUUUAUCAUCCAACCAGAGUGGGGCCUAUGGCUCCCCCUGUGGCAGCCAAGAAGAGCUCAAUGCCAAGGACGGACCAGCGUUGGACCCUGGAGACGAUAAAACCAACGAUCUGGUCCUCAGCUGCCCCUGCUUUCGUAAUGAGAUAGGUGGUGAAGGUGAGAGGAACAUCAGCCCUUCGAAACUGGGCAGCAUCGGCAGUGGUUCGGCCAAUUCUUCCAGGGAUGAGGACGGGAACCGUGAGACCGCGCCCAACACCCAUUUCAGUAACGCAGGGGUAGCUGUGCUGGAAGCACCCAAAGAUGGCAAGAGCAUACACCAUGAGAGGGGAAAGAACAACAUUCUGGAACAUGUGGACCUGGGUGCCUAUUACUACCGAAAGUACUUCUACUUAAGAGAGCACUGGAACUAUCUGGGAGUGGACGAGACGCUCGGGCCGGUCGCUGUGAGUCUUCGGCGAGAGAAGCUGGACGAUCAUAAAGAGCACGGGCCGCAGUACAAUUACAGGGUCAUCUUUAGGACCAGCGAGCUGAUGACUCUGCGAGGCUCCAUUCUGGAGGAUGCUGUUCCGUCCACGUCCAAGCACGGUUUGGCUCGAGGCCUGCCCCUAAAGGAGGUUCUGGAGUACCUGGUCCCUGAACUGAACACUCACUGCCUCCGCCUCGCCCUCAACACGCCCAAAGUCACGGAGCAGCUGAUGAAACUGGAUGAGCAAGGGCUGAGCUUCCAGCUGAAGGUGGGGGUGAUGUACUGCCUGGCUGGCCAGAGCAGCGAGGAGGAGAUGUACAACAAUGAGUCGGCCGGUCCUGCUCUGGAGGAGUUCCUGCAGCUGCUCGGAGAACGAGUGCGCCUCAAAGGAUUCAGCAAAUACCGCGCUCAGCUCGACACCAAGACCGACUCAACCGGGACUCACUCCUUAUACACCACUUAUAAAGACUACGAGAUAAUGUUCCACGUGUCCACCAUGCUGCCUUACACGCCCAACAACAAGCAGCAGCUGCUCAGGAAACGGCACAUCGGGAACGACAUCGUCACCAUCGUGUUCCAGGAGCCCGGAGCCAAGGCCUUCAGCCCCAAGAACAUCCGCUCUCACUUCCAGCACGUGUUCGUGGUGGUGCAGGUGCACAACCCGUGCUCGGAGAACACCUGCUACAGUGUUGCUGUGGCCCGUUCCAGAGAUGUCCCCGCUUUCGGACCGCCCAUCCCAGAGGAUAUGAAGUUCCCCAAAUCCUCAGUCUUCCGGGACUUCCUGUUGACCAAGCUGAUCAACGCGGAGAACGCCGCGCACAAGUCGGACAAGUUCCGCGCCAUGGCCACACGCACACGCCAUGAGUACCUGAGGGACCUGGCCGAGCGCCACGUCACCAGCACUCCCAUCGACCCCUCAGGAAAGUUUCCCUUCAUCUCUCUGGCGCACAAGCGCAAGGAGAAAAGCCGGCCAUACACUGGGGCGGAGCUACGCAGCCCGGGGUCCAUCACCUGGGCCGUGUAUGCAGAGGACCACGGCGCUGGAGGAGAACUCGAAGCCCUGCUCGCCAUCUCUAACGACUUCCUCAUCUUGGUGGAUCCAGAACCCAAGGCGGUGGUGUUCAACUGCGCCGUACGCGACGUCAUCAGCUGGCAGCUGGGAAGCCCCGCCUCCAUGAAGAUCUUCUACGAGCGAGGAGAGUGUGUCUCGCUGCGCUCGGUCAACAACAACACGGAGGACUUCCGGGAGGUCAUUAAACGCCUGGAGUAUCUGACUAAAGGCUGCGAGACGUCGGAGAUGACCCUGCGCAGAAACGGACUCGGUCAGCUAGGCUUCCACGUUAACUACGAGGGCAUCGUGGCGGAGGUGGAGCCGUACGGUUACGCCUGGCAGGCCGGACUGCGGCAGGGCAGCCGCUUGGUGGAGAUCUGCAAGGUCGCCGUGGCAACGCUGUCUCACGAGCAGAUGAUCGAUCUACUGCGCACCUCGGUCACCGUGAAGGUGGUCAUCAUCCCGCCGCACGAGGACGGCACGCCCCGCAGGGGCUGUUCGGAGCUGUACCGCAUGCCAGUGGCCGAGUAUAAGGGAAGCAAUGAGAGCGGUUCGUUCGAGUACAAGUUCCCAUUCCGCACCAACAACAACAAGUGGCAGCGCACAUCCUCCAGCCCACAGCAGUCCCUCUCCGCCUCGCCUCAGAGCCACACUGGGACCCCCAACCGCGCCGUCAGCCUGGGGGCCAGCAUGGGCAAGACGCUGUCCGCCGAGAGACCGGAGAGAACCUCCGCCAUUCCACGCAGUGUCUCCAGCGACGGCCGGCCUCUCGACUCCAAGAGGAUGUCUCCUGGCUCAGAGAACUACGCCCUGGCUUCCUCCAUGGCGAUGAGUCGACCCACUCACACCCGCAGCUCCCCCAGCAACCUCUCCUGCUCCAGCGACACCGCCUCGGGCAGCUCGGCCCACUGGAGGCAGAAGUCCAUGCCCGAGGGAUUUGCCCCCAACCGACACUCGCCUCUUCCUCCAGAGCGACAGAUGAUGGGAGACGGCAGCGGGAAGUCCACCCCCAGCUGGCCUCGAGUGGACGACUCUGAGAGAGCAGCAGCAGACGCCCCGGCCAGUAAAUCCGGACCGUCGUACUCGGGUGGCCCACGCAUCCAGAGGCAGGAGCAGGUCAUCCAUCUGUCGCCUAAGAAGAGCAGCCAGUCUGAAGGCCCGUACUCCCACUCGAGCAGUAACACACUCUCCAGCACAGCCUCCAGUGGAGGUCACAGCGAUGACAAGUGGUACGAUCUGGGAGGCGGAGGUCCGGGAGAAGUCGCAGACUCCGAGCCCAACGGUCUGGGCGGAGGCGGAUACCUGCAGGGAUCCUCGGCCGACAGUGGCAUCGACGCCACCUCCUACGUUCCCCAUCACGGCAGCGCUAGCUCCCUGCUGGCCGUGGGCACCUCGGCUCCCCGGGAGAGGGUCGCCUCUCCGUGGCAUGGACCGUCCGACGGAGGCCGACGCGUGCUGGAGAGGUCACCUCCGGCCGCGGAGUCGCCUGUCGCUCCCGCAGAGGUUCCGUCCACGCGCAGUCCUCCUACACAUCUGCUAAUGCGCGACAGCAGCACGUACAGCCUCAGCGACAUGGCCUCCCACUCCAGCUCGCGUCACUCUGCCAGCCCUGCAGUGCUCAGCUCCAGUCACAACUCUCCUCGAGACGAGUCUCCCUCCGCCACCUCGCCCUCCUCUUCCUCCCAGAGCUCGGUCUCUCCAGGACCCAAGAGCUUCUACCCUCGCCAGGGAGCCACCAGCAAGUACCUGAUUGGUUGGAGGAAGCCGGGGAGCACCAUUAACUCUGUGGACUUCGGAGACACUCGAAAGAGGCCUCAGGGUGAGGGAGCGGAAAGCGGACCGCCUCAGACCCGACCCUCUCUCAGAGACUUGCACUCUCCUCAGCCGCUGGGCAAAUCCACCGUAGAGGAGGAUCUGAAGAAACUCAUCACCCUGGAUAGUCCUCCUGCUAUCCAUCAUGACGACAAGUCUCUGCAGCCGUCGUGCUCGGGUGCGAGCAGUACGGGCCGGCGCUCGCUGCAGCGCACCCUCUCUGAUGAGAGUAUUUAUCGAGGCCAGCGCUUGCCUUCACUAGGGGAUGCGGUGUUGGAGCAGGCGCUCACCAGCGACGUGCUGUUCAGCUGCUCCACCCUGCCGCGAUCGCCCACCACCCGCGGCGCCCCCCUGCGCAGACCCUCCUACAAACUGGGCAUCAAGAUGCAUGGUGACCUCUCCGCGUCUGACACCUCUCUAGCAGACCUGCACGAGCGCCAGAGGCUGCCAUCUCCCGAGCUGGGCCUCAUGCCCCUGCCGGACACGGACACGGACAGCGGCCUGGACUGGAGCCACCUGGUGGAUGCCGCCAACGCUUUCGAGGGUGAGGGGAGACCCCCACGCAUCCAGAGAAGUUUCAUGUUCAGUUCUCAGGACCUCAGUCACCGCAGUGAGAGUGCAGUGAGCUCACAACAGCUGGAGCUGCAGCCUGUUCCCCACUCCCGACUCUCUCCCAGUGAUAUUCCUGUGGGUUUUGCUGGAAAAGUCUCUCAGCUGGAGGCUUUGGUGAAGAUGCUGCAGGACGACUUGAAGAAGGAGCGAGAGGAGAAGCUGAAGCUCCAGGCUCAGAUCAAGCGGCUUUGGGAGGACAACCAGAGGCUCCAGGAGGAAUCUCAGAACUCUGCCGCCAAGCUGAAGAAGUUCACCGAGUGGGUCUUCAACACCAUCGACCUGAACUGAGAGCAGCUGCUCCGCCCUCCAGCUCCACCCGGGACCAACACGAGCUCCACCAGUCGGAACCACAGUGCAGGAACCACCUUCAGCCCAACCUUCUCAUCAGAUCUAACAACAGAACCAGUUCUUACCUUACUCUCAGAAGCAGUCUGCAGGGAUCAAGCGCUUUUCCAUGGAUCACAGCUACACUCCUCCUCCUCCUCCUCAGAACCUCAGAUCGAGGAAGAACGUGACGAAUUUUAUUUUUUUUUUUUUUUUUGAGCCAUGCUUGUGAGAUUUCUGCUGGGUCACUGUGCUACUCGGAGUUGGUGUGUGUUUUUCUUCUUCUCUAAUUAGCCAGGUCGGUGGUGUGAGUAUCUUCAACGCAGCAGUACAAUCAAAAAAAGGAAGGAAGCCACACGUCAUGAUAUUUUCUGAUUCUCGGCGAUCUGAAGUACGGACUCAUCUUGCCGGUUUUUUUUUCCUUCCCUCAAAUGCAAAAAGCAAUAGGCUGAUGUUCCCAAAGCGUCAGUUUCACCGGACUUGUAUUAAUAAUAAUGAUCUAAUCUCACCGUGUUCCGAUUCUUCUCUCCCGCAAAGCAAUCGCAGGUCUGCGGUACGAACGCUGAACACUCUCAAAAGACCAGUUUCAUUCUUUUUUUUCUUCAUUUUGGGGAACAAGUCUAAUUUAUUCUGUUUGUAUUAUAAAUAAAUAUCCGUACAGUAGAAGGUUAAUGUUUAUUUUCCAGACAGAUGCUCAUUAUUUAGGUGUAUUAUUAUUAUUAUGAUUAUUAUUAUGAUUAUUUUGUACAUUUAAUUUCAGCCUGAUGCCGUGUGCUACGUGGUGCCCUCGCCUGCCGUCGUUGUGUUGCCUUAGUGCCCUCUAGUGGUGAAAAGUGAUUGUUUCACUUGCUACACUCUAUAUUUCAGUUUCAAACAAAACAAGGUUCAUCGUUUCCUCCUUUGUGUUUGUGUAAAUGGAAACGGAGAUUAAGCUCAGGCUCAGUGUGUGUGUGUGUGUGUGAGAGAGUGUGCGGAGGAAACAGGUCAGUACAGGAAGUAGAUUUAUGAUCAUCUCCGCACCGGGAUUCCGUGGCUGGAAAAUUGCGGGACACACCGGCGUGCCUGCUCAGGGGAAGGCCUUUAAAUCAGCUGAUAAUCCGUACAGCUGAACAACAGCUACAGCCUGUAAUCUCACUCCUCUGCCUCUCAGAGCUGCUGGGCUUUCUCUUAUCAAACUCACAUACACACUGCCCCAUACACACACACACACACAGAAUCAGGUGUGUUAAUGACCUAAUACUGCAUUACACACACACACACACACACACACAGAAUCAGGUGUGUUAAUGACCUAAUACUGCAUUACACACACACACACACACACACACAGAAUCAGGUGUGUUAAUGACCUAAUACUGCAUUACACACACACACACACAGAAUCAGGUGUGUUAAUGACCUAAUACUGCAUUACACACACACACACACACACACACACAAUCAGGUGUGUUAAUGACUUAAUACUGCAUUGACACACACACACACACACACACACAGAGAAUCAGGUGUGUUAAUGACUUAAUACUGCAUUGACACACACACACACACAGAAUCAGGUGUGUUAAUGACUUAAUACUGCAUUGACACACACACACACACACACACACACAAUCAGGUGUGUUAAUGACUUAAUACUGCAUUGACACACACACACACACACACACACACACACAGAGAAUCAGGUGUGUUAAUGACUUAAUACUGCAUUGACACACACACACACACAGAAUCAGGUGUGUUAAUGACCUAAUACUGCAUUACACACACACACACACACACACACACAAUCAGGUGUGUUAAUGACUUAAUACUGCAUUGACACACACACACACACACACACACAGAGAAUCAGGUGUGUUAAUGACUUAAUACUGCAUUGACACACACACACACACAGAAUCAGGUGUGUUAAUGACUUAAUACUGCAUUGACACACACACACACACACACACACACACACACAGAAUCAGGUGUGUUAAUGACUUAAUACUGCAUUGACACACACACACACACACACACAGAAUCAGGUGUGUUAAUGACUUAAUACUGCAUUGACACACACACACACACACACACAGAAUCAGGUGUGUUAAUGACUUAAUACUGCAUUGACACACACACACACACACACACAGAAUCAGAUGUGUUAAUGACCUAAUACUGCAUUGACACACGCACACACACACACACACACACAGGGCUGUUCACAGGUAACUCUAGAACAUAAAUGUAAUAUUCAGCAGUGAAUGGAGAUUAUCGAUUCUGUUCUAAGAAUCAUUUGACUCGUAUGAAUCGUUUGAAUCAUUUCUGGCUACCAGCAGCUAAAGGAACGAAUCGUGUAGAAGCCCUAAAGAACCGAAUCGCUUCAGGUUUGUUUAUUAUAGAGAAUCUCGAGACCGCGUGCCUGAGUGAGUUAACGCUAACGAGGUCGUGCUUCUCCUCCUUUUACGCUUUCAGGAAGGUCUUUAACACGAGCUCCUGUUCUGUGGAACUUAAAACGUUGACAAAAAAACAAAAACGAUUGAAUGUGAAUUUUGGAAAUUUUAAUGAUGUACACGUCACAUUAAAUAUAUUUGUUUUGUUCAAGCGUGUGGUGUAUUUAACCAACAGUUUACACCAGCUUCAUCCCGGGGUAAGAUUUGUCUUUAAAAACCAAUCAUUCGAUCCGAUCCGAUCUGAUAUGUUACGGUUCUGAGAUUAAAAAAAAUAAAUCAAAACUACAGAUUUAUGUAAAUUAAUCCAAAGGUGAAACGUAGACAUUUUAAAUCAGAUUUUAAAAUCAGGAAAACAAAUAAAUCAUGUUACGCUCUACAGACAGCUAACCUGCUAAUUGUUAGCUGCUUUAUUUAAAAAAAAAAAUUAUAAUAUCAAUACAUCCGAUCAUCCAUAAUGGAUCAUAUCUAGUCUUUAUUUAACUCUAUUAAUUUCUCGAGAGAGGUCUGAAACGCUCAAAACAUCAGCAUUUCCCUGAGAAUCCUGUAUUCUUCAAUUAGGAUCUCAUUUACAUACAUUUGCAUAGAUUUACAUAAGAGCUGUAGUUGCGUUCCUCUGCCUCUAGGUGGUGAUAGAGUUCUGGGUUUUUUUUGUUUUUUUUUUGACGUGUACAUUUUAUAGGAUUAAUUACAAAUAAAUCACCAAAAGCAGCAGAUUAGAUCUUGGUUUUUUUUUUUCCUGUUUAGAUUAUUAUAUUUAAAGCAGAAAUGUAAAUUUUUGUUUAAUCUCUAAACCGUAAACAUGUUAUUUCUAAAGGCAAGCUUUUUUAAAUAAAAAUAAAAUAAAUUAGAUUUUUUAAAUAAAUAAAUAAAAACAGACAAAAUUGACCAAAUUUGAUGAAAAUUAAACAUUAAAAAUGACAACAUUGACAAAACAGACAAAAAUAAAUAAAUUUACAUAAAUCAAAUAAAAGAAAAGAGGUAUAAUAUUAAAAUAAACCACAUUUUUAAUUUGAAUUCUUUAGUCAGCUUGUAAGCUCCGUGACUAUUGUUUACUCUUUACCUUGCUCAAUAUUCCACUUCAGAUUUCUUUGAAUGUGAAUGUUAAAUAUCUUUUCUGUUUUUUUGUUUGUUUUUUUCCAGUCAAGAUUUAAAAUUUUAUUUGCACUGUAAUUUUUUGUAUAGAUUUAUUAUAAGAAUUAUUAUUAUUAUUAUUAUUAUUAUUAUUGCUAUGUUAACAGUUGAUGGAGCCUCAUAACGUUAAACGUCUUCUCAUCAGUCAUUGCCUUUCCUCACAUGCUUCAUCAUGUGUGACUGGGAGAGGACGGUCGUCCACCGAGCCCCACCCCCCUCCCCACCCCCCUCCGGUUUCGGACGUGUCUCACUUGUACACAUUUCUUAAGAAAACCCAACAAAAGCACAAUAAAAGAAGAGGAAGCGUUCCAUAUAUAUUUGAGAAGACGUUCUGUUUACAUGCCUUCUGUUGAUUUGUAAAGUGUAGAGGUUUAAAGAUUUCCCGGUCAUCUUAACAGUAUUUAAACAUUUCUUAAAUAAAUUGCAAAAAGAAAAGAAAUAUAUUUGAGGUGCUGUAAUUUUUCAUGACGUGGAAGUUGAUAAUGAAAUAGCUUACUGCUUGCCUCCUGCUCCUUAAGGUGUACUGCCGUGCCGUUGCUUUCUGGGCCAAUAAAUUCAUUUCUAUUCGUAGGUGAAAUGUCA